AUGCAGGUGGAGAAGGAGAUGGAAGAGAUGAGAGAAGAAGACACGCUCAAGCCUUGCCGUCAUCAGGUGGUUGGUCCCCUCAAGCCUCAAGGAAACACAAUGCUGGCUGGCAUCCAGGCAUUGACCGAUAUUCGGAUUGCCUCGUCCUCAAACGUCGCAAAAAGGAAACAAUGGCUUUGUCGGUCAGCAAGUGUCGGACUGUACACAAAUGUCCAACAUGCCAAUGCUUUGGCGUUCCCUCCGCCUAUUCUAUCCCCCAUCCUGUCGCCUCCAGCACUUCCAGACUAUCGGGUCCUUCAUGGCUCAACCCUUGACUCGGGCUCAGACUCAGACUCCAACCCAGACCCAGACCCGGACUCUUCUCCCGAAAAGCUCAUCUCUUCAUCUCAUCAUAGGCUCAGCCACCCCUUUCCCUCCGACUCCCAAUCUGCACGGUCAGCGUUCUGGUUCUGGCACCGAAACGGACCCUCCCCUCCCAUCUUGUCAUCUCGUCCAAUCCAUCAGAGUACCUAG